GCCUGAGACCGCUUGAAACCGCAUCCUCCUCUUCCUCACGGCCAACAACAUAUAGACAGCACUGCAAGUGAUUCAGUGGUUUAUUUUCAAUACUCAAGCUUCUCUGGCCCCCUUGGCGCAACGAGCGACCGACCGACCAGACCGACUGAACCGCUCAAGACGUAUUAACCCCCCCCAAGUCGACGCCCACCCUCGAUUAUAACCCCCUACAACAGGCUCAACAUGUCCCACCGGUAUAAGCACACACCUCUCUUCGGCGGCGCGAUCGAGAGUGACCUACCGGCCAACUUUGCGGAUGUGAGCAAGCUGCGCCAGGUGCCCGAUAACCAGGAGGUCUUCAUCGACAAGGACGGCUUCACAAGCAUCAUCUUCGACAUCACGGAGCGGGUGGGCAGGCCCGGAAGCUCCGACGAGAUUGAUGGCGCCGCUCUGACCACGCACCUGGAGGAGUUGGUCGGGUCGGACGUCGACACGGUCAAAGUGUGGAACUCCACUGAGACAGUGUUCAGCAAGCUCGACAACAAAAUCCCGUCCUACACCCUCAUCGCGACGCAGACACCGAAGCCCGACCCGUCGGCGGCUUCCGGCGCCGCGCCCGACUUCACGGCCAUCAUCCUGACCCUAGUGCGCCUCGAGAAGGAGUCCACCGACAUCUUGAUCACCAUCAACGUCCCGCACAUCAAGGGCGAGUACGACGAGGAGGAUGUGGACCUGGAGCUGGGGAAACAGGGCAAGCUCAUAGGCGACGCCGUCGAGUACGCUGCGGAGAUCUGGAAGACCUUCAAGGUGAAGGACUGGGGUCUAUUUAGCGAGAUCUAAGAGGUAGAUGAUCGUGGGAGAGGGGAGGGAAGAGAGAGAGGCGCGGGAAUAAUAAGGCAAGGAAGCCAGUGAUGAAUGAUGAUACCCCCUACCCUAGCUACGUUGGCUAUAUAUGUAUAUGCCGGGUGGGUUCUGAUAGUGAAGAAUAUCAUGGACGUGUGAAACAUUAGGCAACG